CCGCCAUGUUUGUGUACGGAAUAAAGCUAGACACGGGUUGUAUGUUUGUAGGGUGCCUGAAACGUGUUUAGAAAUACCAGGUCUGUUAUUUUGCAGAAUUAUGAACUUUGCAUAUAUUUCUGUUACAUUAAUGAACACCAGUGAUUUGUGGUGAACUGACAGACAUGUGUUUUAAAUUAGCCCUGUCUGACAAAUACAUUUUAAUAAUUUCAGCAUGUGUAGAUAUUUGUGCCACUAUGUCAUUGUGCUUAAAUGUUUCAGGGCUUAUUCACUAAAGUGAGAAUUCAUAAUGAGUACAAAGUGAAUUUUAAAUCAUGGACAAAAUAGCCAAAAUGGGAAAAUUCUCUAAGUCUGCUUUGCUUCCACUCUCUGCCCUUUAAUAUGAAAUUCACUUUGAAUUCUCACUUUAGUGAAUAACUCUCUUUGUUUCCAAAUCAUCACUGCUUGAUGGCGAACAAAAUCCUUGGGGUUUUAUUCUCCAAACGGUAAUUGGCAGUGAACUGAAAAUCAAAUUUGCAAAGGGUGUUUUUCACUUACUACCGAAUUGUAGUGAAAUGAUAGUCGAAGUACAAGAUUCUAUCUAACGUAACCAAGCUAUGGCUAGUAAAGCUAAAUUUGGGUAUUCGUCUAAAUAAUCCUUUUUUUGUUUUUUAAUUCUUUAUUUUUCAUGCUUAUGUUGAUGGUAAAGAUCAACAUGCAUAACGUAAACUUUGAAAAUUCUUUAGGGUUGUUCAUGCAUAGGAAUCAACAGUACAGUACCUGUAUAUUCAAGAUAAGUAAAAGUCGAGCUAGGGGUGGGCUGCGUGGCAAGGUAUUACCCUGGUUGCUAUGUUCCUGGGAUACUCCAGGCUGGGUGGUAUCAGACUAGUCUAGGUGUUCCAGCAAGGUGAGAGUGAGACCUGAAGUCAAGCUAGUUGUGUGGUUUGCUAAAUCGUGUGGUCAGGACGCCUAGCAUGGGUGUCAGUCGGGCUUGAGUAGGUAGUUUGAGUAUGUAGCCACUCUACCGGGGAGAAAUGUUUGGCGUCUGUGUUGGUUAGAGGGCAGCGGGGAGGAGGGGGAGGGUGGCAGUCGCCGUCAUGCUUAAGGUAGAGUUUUAAAUGUCAUUUUAUCAGUUUAGCAGCGUAGUGCCGUCACAUAUCCGGCGGAUAAUUAUGUCUAUGGUCCUUACCCUACUUGCGAACUAAAGUAAGGCUUUAACUCUUAUAUACUUAUCAACAGAAGGAAAAGAAAGUGAGAAAUCAUAAAAUAGAUUAAAGCUUUUGUGAGUGGCCAUGUGGGGAUUGGCUAGUUCCCAAUCUGGUUCAGGUCACUGGUUCUUCUGAGUGGUGUCUCCUUUGUGGCCGCAGGGUCGGUGUCGUCUCGGUUCCAGGACUCUUCGAUGGCCCCUGCAGCAGGCGGUGGUUGUGGUGUAGGUAGUCCAAGUGCCUCUAGAAAGGCUGUUGCCCCAGACAUGGCUGUGAGAGAAUGGGCAGUCCCCUCAUGGUGGACCAAGAGAGAUCCAGUGUGCCACCAUCUGUAGGGUAUUCCUGAUAGUCUUUUUGUUUUUUAACUUACAUUUUGUAAUCACUAAACACGGAAUUCAGGCAAAUUGAUAUCAGAAUUGCAAUACCGAGUAUUUAGAUAAAGAAACCUUAACGCCGAAGUGACUGAAUUGGAGAGAUCCUCAUAUAACGUUAUUAUUUUAACUUGGCGAGUAUGGUCUAAAUUUUGCCUUCAUCGCAAUUCACUGUUUAGUGAACAAACCCUUAGUAGUGUUUCAACAAUGACAGUCGCUGCUUACGGAGUCUGAAGUCCAUAUCCUUGGUGGGGGUUUAUAUUGUUAUGUACAAUAUGUUAUGAUUAACCCCUUCAGGACAGAGUCAGUGCAUCUCUAUGAGGAAAAUUCAGCGUCUCCAUGCAGAGCUUUUUCGGCAGCACAGAACUAGGAAGCACCUCCAGUGGCCAGUUGGAGGUAUCCCUAGAGGCAAUAUAAACACUGCCUUUUUUCUGAAAAAAAAAAAUGCCUGAAGGGAACUUAUAUACUCACCAGAACAACUACAUUAAAGGACCACUAUAGGCACCCAGACCACUUCAGCUUAAUGAAGUGGUCUGGGUGCGAGGUCCAUCUAGGAUUAAUCCUUUCUGCUGUAAACAUAGCAGUUUCAGAGAAACUGCUAUGUUUACACUAGGGUUAAUCCAGCCUCUAGUGGCUGUCUCAUUGACAGCCACUAGAGGUGCUUCCGCGCUUCUCACUGUGAUUUUCACAGUGAGAAGACGCCAGCGUCCAUAGGAAAGCAUUGAGAAUGCUUUCCUAUGGACUGGCCGAAUGCGCGCCCGGCUCUUGCCAUGCAUGCGCAUUCAGCCGAUGACUACCGAAGGAGGAGGAGAGACCCAGCGCCAAGGAAAGGUAAGGAAUUAACCCCCUUCCUCCCCCUCCAGCCCGGCAGGAGUGGAACCCUGAGGGUGGGGGCACCCUCAGGGCACUAUAGUGGUCCUUUAGGCUGUAGUUGUUCUGGUGACUGUAGUGUCCCUUUAACAUAGCAGGAGAUAGGAAAAUCUAAUCUAGGAAAUGCAGGGAGGUGUGACUAGGGUUCAUAAACAAAGUGAUUUAAUUCCUAAAUGGCAGAGAAUUGACAACUGAGACUGCAGGGGCAUGAUCUAUACACCACAGCUGUUUCAUUAAAGGACCACUCUAGGCACCCAGACCACUUCAGCUUAAUGAAGUGGUCUGGGUGCCAGGUCCAGCUAGGGUUAACCCAUUUUUUCAUAAACAUAGCAGUUUCAGAGAAACUGCUAUGUUUAUGAAUGGGUUAAGCCUUCCCCUAUUUCCUCUAGUGGCUGUCUCAUUGACAGCCACUAGAGGCGCUUGCGUGCUUCUCACUGUGAUUUUCACAGUGAGAGCACGCCAGCGUCCAUAGGAAAGCAUUAUGAAUGCUUUCCUAUGUGACCGGCUGAAUGCGCGCGCAGCUCUUGCCGCGCGUGCGCAUUCAGCCGACGGGGCGGAGAGAAGGAGGAUCGGAGGAGGAGAGCUCUCCGCCCAGCGCUGGAAAAAGGUAAGUUUUUACCCCUUUCCCCCUUCCAGCGCCGGGCAGGAGGGGUACCCUGAGGGUGGGGGCACCCUCAGGGCACUAUAGUGGUCCUUUAAGCUAAAGUUUUUUUGGUGACUAUAGUGUCCCUUUAAGGUUUACUUCCAAUGUGGAGCUGGAUUUACUAUGAAAGCUGUACCCACAGAAUUUCUUCCUAUGCUACCAACAUGAUCCUGCAUUUAUGUUGACUCUACCGGCAAAAGGAGUCGGUUGAAUGCCUGAGCCCUAACAUACUACUUGGACACUAGAGCCUUGCAGUAUGCUAAAAGAUGUUGGCAAAAAAUUUUGGGAAAUGGCGUGCCAACAUGAUUCGGCAAUUCACCUGGCAUAACACAUUUCUUGCCAAGCUCUAUGUCUGGUGCUCAUUUGCUAGGGAGAUUAGACCCAAACGACUCUUUCAAGCUUACGCUAGUAGACUUCUCCGUUUUCCUGUCACUGCAGGACCCUGAAGUGCCCCUCUACCUCCCACCCCCCAUCCCAAGUUGCUGAAGGGGUUAAAACCCCUUCAGUGACUUACCGGAGUCCAGCGCCGAUGUCCCUCGGUGCUGGGUCAGGCUCCGCCUACUCUCCUACCCCGCCGACGUCAGCCGGGGAGGGGGGGGCGACCUAAUGCGCAUGCGCGGCAAUGGCCACGCAUUAGACCUCCCCAUAGGAAAGCAUUAUUCAGUGCUUUCCUAUGGGGAUUUCGGCGACGCUGGAGGUUCUCACGUAGCGUGAACACUCUCUAGUCCCUCUAGUGGCUGUCUAGUAGAAUGUUAUGUUAUGAAAACUGCAAUAAUUACACUUGCAGGGUUAAGGGUAGUGGGAGUUGGCACCCAGACCACUCCAAUGGGCAGAAGUGGUCUGGGUGCCUGGAGUGUCCCUUUAACAUGAGACCGAGAUACAUACCUGCCAUAGUUAGCUCUAAUCACUCAGUGGUUUAUACCCUCGUUGCCACUUACAGCUCUAGGCGCCAGCUUCCCUAACCAUAUAUAUGUUCACUCUACUAGAAUUGUAUGUUCAAAGCCUGUAUUACAACACACAGUUAAAGCACAGUGUAACGUGAUGCUUGAAAUCCCUUACAGCUAGACAGACGAAUCACUGCUAAUUAGUAGUUUAACCUGCAUUGUUAUCUUAAUAUAUAAAAAGAGGUUGAUCCACGCUGGAGUUUAAGUUCCUAAUAUGACUUGUAUACCAUGUGUUGAUGUUGAUAUGCUCUAACUCCCUCUUUUGCAUUCUGUACUGUCUUAAUCUAUACCUCAAUUAAAAAAAAAGAUUGACCAAAAGAAAUUUAUGUUUUAAGAUAAUCCCCAUCUCUUCAGAUAGGACAGACUCCUGUUCUUCCUCUUCUGCUUUUUUCAUUUAGGGUUACCCCCUUCUCUCUGUCCUGGUUUCUAAGUCCAUAUAACAUAAGCUUCCAACUUUAUUCUAGACUAGGAUUUGAAUUUAACUUUGAAUUGAUUUUCUUCUGACAGUUCACACUUUAUUGAAUAGCCCUGUGUAAAUGACUACCCCAGUAAGUAUAGUGAGUACUUGUGUUCCAGGACCAUGACUUCAACAUACUGUGUUACACUGGAAGAUGUGCAGGAAGCGGAGAGACGUAUCAGUGGAUUAAUCCAUAAAACACCAAUCCUGACAAGUUCUAGUCUGGAUGCCCUGGCUGGCCGCAAGCUGUUCUUUAAGUGUGAAUUACUGCAGAAGACAGGGUCUUUUAAGGUGAGUCAGAGAUAAUAGUUGACAUAAAAAAACGAGUCAGGCUAAUAAUUGUUUCUCUUCAGAUAGUUUGGGGGCAAAUGUCAAUAUAGUAUUUUAGGAAUUUUUUUUAACUUGGACUUAAAGGUGCACUGUAGGGUCAGGAACACAAACAUGUAUUCCUGACCCUAUAGGUUUAAAACCACCAUCUAGCCCCCCUGGUCCCCUCAUGCCUCCCUAAAUAUAGUAAAUCUUACUUGUUUUUAAGUCUGGAGCUGCUUGCUUUGUCACUGUUUCCUUAAGACCUGCCCACUGCCUGCUGACCUAAUCAGAAGUGGUAGCCUGAUCCAAUCACAAUGCUUCCCCAUAGGAUUGGCUGACACUGACAAAGAGGCAGAUCAGGGGCAGAGCCAGCAUGAUUCAAACACAGCCCUGGUCAAUCAGCAUCUCCUCAUAGAGCUGAAUUGAAUCAGUGAAUCUCUAUGAGGAAAGUUCAGUGUCUGCAUGCAGAGGGAGGAGAUACUGAAUGUUUAGAUGCAUUUUAGGCAGCCAUGACCCAGGAAGGAUCUCUAACAGCCAUCUGAGGAGUGACCAGUGAAGUUAUCACUAGGCUGUAAUGUAAGCACAGCAUUUUCUCUGACAAGACAGUGUUUACAGCAAAAAGCCUGACGGUAAUGAUUCUACUCACCAGAAAAAAUUCAACAAGCUGUAGUUGUUUUGGUGACUAUAGUGUCCCUUUAAUAUAAAUAAAAAAAGUAUGAGAAAUUAAGUAAUGUUGUUAUUAUGCAUGGCAUUUUAAUUGAAUUUCAUAAUACUGUUAGCUUUUACUGCAUUAAAACACACAUUUGUAUGCUGUGAUGUCCCACAAGUACAACAAUUUCCACCUGUGUAUCCUCCCAGGAUUUUUUUGGAAGGUUACGUGGUCGGAUAUAGAGCUUGCAAAUUAAAUUCUCUGAUAUUUCUGCUGGACUGUAUGAAUUAGAGAGAGAGAGAGAGAGAGAGUGUGUGUGUGUGUGUGUGUAUGUGUGUGUGUAUAUAUAUAUAUAUAUAUAUAUAUAUAUAUAUAUAUAUAUAUAUCUAUCUAUCUCACCUAGUUGAGAGCCUUAUAUUACGAUCAUGAUCAGAGCCCAGGGUAAAUAUUUGAUUCAGUGGGAGAGCCAGAUCGUUAGGGCAUACUAUGUCUUCUGUGUGACUGCAUAGCACGCCCUGUAGUGGUUAUGGUGCUAGGAAUCCACAGUUGAGGCAAACAAAUUUUUAUCCGCGUUAGAGAUACAACUCUAUAUGUCUUUAGACAGACUUAAUUCAACUAAUUAAUACUGUCCAAAUCUGAUAUUGCUAUUAACCAGCAAAUUAUAUCACAAUCCCGUUCAGUCCCGAUAAAGCCAAUGCAUGCAUUGCAAAUGAAGUGAAAUCGAAACAAUAUGAAAAAUCCUGGAAAUGACAGGUCCACUUUUUUAUUAAUUUUUUCCUAGCAGGCAACAAAUUAUUUUAGAAAUCAAUUCCCCUGAAUUGUAUUUAGACAUAUAAGGCCAAUCUUCAAAUGUGCAUCAAAAUUUUCUAUUUAGCAAAUAUUCAGUUUCAAACUUUCACUCCAUUUCAGAUAUUUCCAAGUUUUAGCCUUAUAAUAUAGUUGGAGCUUGCCAUCUAUCUUGUCUCCUGUUUUCCAGAUUAGGGGUGCGCUGAAUGCGGUGCACAAAUUGCCUGCAGACCAACCCAUCGCCGUAGUAACACACAGCAGUGGUAACCAUGGUCAGGCUCUGGCCCUGGCAGCACGUAUGAGAGGUAUGUAUUGAAUCUGAAAUACUGAUCUUGGCAGAGUUAUACAUGAACCGCUACUUACCGGAUUUUGAUCUCAGGUAUUCCUGCACAUAUAGUGGUACCACGAAAUGCUGCAUCAUGCAAGAAAGCUGCCAUCCGUGGAUAUAGUGCCCAAAUUGUUGAAUGUGAACCUACUGAUCAGGUGAUAAGACUUUUCAUUUUAUAUUUUAUAUAAGAUGCACUUAAAGCAGCAUUAUAGUUAUAAGUAGCUCCACUGGAGAUCUAUAAUAGUAAAAAAUAAACACAACAUAGCAUAAUAUAGUUAUAACAAAAUGGAAAUAUGUGGUGUUGGUAGAAAACUCACAAACAUGUGAGCGGUUUCAAACGCACCAGAGAAGGUCUCAGAUGAUGGAAAUUCUCGUAUAGAAAGGAAGGAAAAAAAAAUGCAUAUGUUGAAGUAAAAUUAGAACAUGGAAAGAUUUAUUAGAAUGCACUUACAGACUGUAGUAAAAUCAAGGGCAUAUCUCCACUCAGUGUGGAAUGCAGCAGCGUGGUAGAUCAAGGAAAAACGCCAGCAGAAAACAACAAUAAAAAAUAAAAAAAAACCCUCUUUACAGAGGUGAUGGGUGAAACUAUUCAGUGCCUAAAAUACAAAGCAGCUCAAACACAUAAAGUGGAAUACCCUUAUUUCCACAAUAAAAAAAUACACCACCUAGUGGAGCACUAAUACAAAUAUAAGUGAUAGAGGGGUUCACUUACCCCAACAAUUUUGUGUUGUCUUAAAUUCAGGAAUAUGCUUUUAAACAUACACUGAAGGGAACAAAGAGAGAAAAAAACAUAUAGUGUAGAUGAUUUUGGUGAAAAUGAGUGAUGAAAGUAAAAAACUGAAACCACUCACAUGGUCUGGAGCCAAUAUAAUAUUGGCUCCGUACGUAAGCCUAUGUGCUCUUUGGGCAGCAACACACCCCUUCCUCUGAGCUGUACCUCCACAACGACAAGGAAACAAAAUGAGAAAGAGAGCCAGUGGGUGGUAUAUGUGCAAACAGGCAGCUAAUAUAUAGGUGGUAAAUGUUAUGCUCACCUAGUUGAGAGCCUUAAAAUCCUGGCUCUGAGGGUGGUCAGUGAUGUGCCAGUAUGAAGGGAUGGCACUUCUCUGUAAAGAUUCCCAGAGGCUCCAAGGAUAAAGAAAAUGUAUUGAUUCCAAAUAAAAAGCAAAUAUAAAACCAGAAAUUUGGAGUCUAAAAAUUAUAAAUAAAAUUCCAAAUCAACCAAACCGUGUUUCACUCGUCUGUAAGCUUCCUCAGUCAGCUGUGAAGCUCACAGAUGAGUGAAACGCGUUUUGGCUGAUUUGGACCUUUAUUUAUAAUUUUUAUACUCCAAAUUUCUGGUUUUAUAUUUGCUUUUUAUUUGGAAUCAAUAAAUUUUCUUUAUCCAUUGAAGUCCUUUGAGCCUCUUUGAAUCUUUACAGGGAAGUGCCAUCCCUCAGUGUAGCGUUCAACUGAAGAGUGUGUACUGCACGUGCGCAUGUUCCGAAAUAGGAAACAUGCGAUCGCGCAGAAGCAGACCACCCACAGUCAAGGGAGAAAAAUUUAAACAGAGGCAAACCGUAUCGGGAAAAAAAACUUUCUUAGGCAAAAAAGUUCAGAUGCCAAUCAUAGAUCAAAUUAGUAUACUAUGUAUAUAGUACAAAUGCAAACUAAUGUGCAUAUAACAACAUAGAUAAAAAAGAAUAUUACAAAAUAUGAAAAAUAUAUAUCUAAAUAUACUAGUAUAAUAGUAAAAAAAUAAAUAUUAAAUAACAUAGUAUAAUCUAAUAGAAAUAUGAUUGGCAAUACAAACAGAUACGGUAUAGAGAACUGAAAGGAAAAGAGAAGAUAUCAUAUAAGACCUUGAAGGUCUAUUUCUGCAUUCAAACCUCGUUUUAGAGUUUUUAAAGUGUAAAUCCAAUAGGCUUCCUGCUUAAUGAAUUCCCGUAGUUUGUUCCCCCAACCUAAAACAAUUUGAUCUAUACCAAUUGCUAACAAACUGUCCCAACGGAAGAUAGGGCAAGAAUUACAAUGUUUCGGGACACAUAUACAAAAUCAAUUUGUAUAUUUUGUAAACGCUGGUGGGUGCCCAACGUCUCUCUUAUAGUUUCUAUCCCUUUCUGAUGGGGCCUUCUACUCUAAUCUAAAGUUCACUUCCCAAUUUUGUGCGACCACCAUAGAUUUUAUAGAUCUUACAAUAUACACGGAUCAGAACCAACUAAAACUUAUUUCAAGCCCACUGAUUGCAAUACAGCAAUUGAAUACUCCAGUUCUCACCAUCCCUCGUGGCUUUCUAAUAUCCCCAAAAGUCAACUUACUCGGUUUAGGAGGAAUUGCACCAAUGACCACAUUUUCUUACAACAAGAAAAUGUUAUAAAAAAAUGAUAUAUAGAGAAAGGUUACAAUGUAGCCAAAUUGACAACAGAUGAACUAACUGGACUUAACACUGAUAGAUCUAUCCUUCUCCAAAAUGAUAAUCGACAACAAAAAAAUAAAAACAAUCAUUCUAAUAAAUUCCUAUUUGCCUUUAUUAUGCAAUACAAGGCUCAAGCCAAAACAAUUGAAAAAAAUACUUAAGAAAUAUUGAUAUAUCUUGGAGAAAGAUGACAUAUUGAAAUUCCCCACAAUUAUAUACAAACAAGCUAUUAAUUUGAAAAAUAAAUUAGCCCCCAGCCUUCUUCCUAUCAGCUCUUCCCUUAACCAUCAAAAAUUAUUGUAUACCCCUAUUUGUGGCUUUUUUUUUUUUUUUUUUAGCUGUGGUCACUGUUCUACAUGUACGUUUCAGAGAAGAAAGAUUGAAAAAUUUGUAGGCACAUAUACUCAGAAAACAUAUACUAUUAAGAAACAUAUACAAUGUUCAUCUACCUUUGUGAUCUACUUGCUGCAGUGUGGAUGUGGAGCCCAAUAUGUGGGCCGCACCACCCGUACGCUUCAUGUGAGACUGUUAGAACAUUUUAACAAUAUUAAAAAAAGGUAAACUUCACUACUCCGGACAGAUAACUGCGCAAACGGACAGUUAAUGGACCACAGACAGCCAUACCCAGCUCUACUUAACACAUGGAGCCUCAACACGACCGCAGACACAAGCCCACGAAACCCAGCCCAGACACCCACGGAAACAAAGAACACCAGGCCCCGUGACGCUAAACAACCAGACACACACACGCCAGGUCCACGAACACGAGACACGCUUACCUAUGCUCAUCCCUAUUGAGCAGGGAGCAUGGUGAUUAGGGGGAAGGGAGACAAUAGAGGCGGACGGGAGAGGCCCUACACGGACCCACACGACAAGAAGAGGGGGACGCACGUAAAUCACAGGACAUGACUCCACUACAGCCCUCUCCGUCCAUUGACAGAGACCUCAGGAAAGCAGAUCCUGUCCAACUCACACACACCCGUGACAUACGCCCAUUAGCUAACCGAAGAUACAGUCCCCUCCCUGCGAAGGUUGGACUAAAUCUGGGAGACUGCAAGGAAUGACCUGACCCAGCCAUGAAAAGGGGCAGGGCUGGGGUCCCCCUCCACCUCACACAGGGGUAAUAAGCGUCCCGUACUUGACACACGCCUCAACGCCUCGUUCCCACUCCCCUAACAACGAAGGCCAAAUACAAAGGGAAGUGUGCGGCAUAGAGACAGGUUCUGCCUACUAGGCUCACAUCAAUUGGGUCGGUACCGAGGCACACCUUAGAGAGGACCCAGACUACCAGGGACUCUCCUGCUGGGACUGUGGGAUGCAAAGGGCAUAUCUACCACGAAUGCUCCAUAAACCAAUAUGUGUCGAAACAAUAACAUUACUGUAUGAUUGGCAUCUGAACUUUUUUGCCUGAGAGAGUUUUUUUUGCCUGACACCCUAUUCUGUUUAGGGCGACUGUUCGCCUCAGUUUAAAUUUUUCUCCCCAGCCUUCGGGUGGUCUGCUUCUGCGCGAUCGCAUGUUUCUUAUUUCGGAACAAGUACACACUCUUCAGUUGAACGCUACACUGAGUUGAUCCACUUCGGCACCCAUCCUACUUCCAGAUGCAGAGAAGACACGCCUUUCGCGUUCCACGGUGAAACGCACGCCGUCAGGUGCAAUGGAUCAUUUAGAGCUUUGCCGGCUUUAUAAGAAGUCUUCGUUACAAGGAAGGAUUACAGAUCCCUGAGGAAGUACCCUGUUGGACGAAACGCGUUGGAUCCCUUUUAUCUGGACUUUAUUGUCUUGUAUAUUUAUGUAUUUUUUAUUAUUGUUUGCUGCUGGCGUUUUUCCUUGAUCUACCAUGUUGUUGCUGCUGCUGCUGCUAUAUUCCACACUGAGUGGCGAUAUGCCCUUGAUUUUACUACAGUCUGUAAGUGCAUUCUAAUAAAUCUUUCCAUGUUCUAAUUUUACUUCACCAUAUGCAUUUUUUUCCUUUUCUUUCUAUAUGAGGAUUUCCAUCAUCUGAGACCUUCUCUGGUGCGUUUGAAACCCCUGGUGGGGUGAAAAGCCUGAAUCAUCACGUUUGUGAGUUUUCUACCAACACCACAUAUUUCCAUUUUGUUAUAACUAUAUUACUCUAUGUUGUGUUUAUUAUUACUAUUAUAGAUCUCCAUUGGAGCUACUUAUCCUGGUCUACAUUUUCCAAGUGGUUUCUUAAUUUUAUAUCUGUAUACUAGGUGUUUUCCCCACUUUUUGUUGUAUUUUUACUAAUUAGGUGCCUGGGAAAACUUUUAGUUCAUUACGUAUUAUAUUGUUCACUUUAGUGUAUAUACUUUCUUUGUUUCUCAGCAUUAUAGUUAUAGCUUGCAGUAUGAUGAUAUAUCAGAGAAAUUCCUUGGUGGAUUUAACAACCAUUUCCUAAAGCAAUUAAAGUAAUGUAUUAAUAAAAUGCUUCCGACAGUUUUUUUGUUUUUUUAUAUAGUAAAGUGAGAUUUGAAAGUGAAUUUCAGAUUUACACCCCUCAAAUGGCACAAUAACUGCACAUAACAAUCGGUUUUAUUGUCUCAAAAACGCCAUCCUGGUGCACAGGGUAGAUUCUUUAUAACGUAAAUUUAGAAACUAUUGGAAUGUGUGCACGAUCAUUCUUAUAAUUUCUGCACUUGUUCUUAAUAAGAAAUGCAUUAUUCAAAAAUAUAAAAUAGAGAUCAUGGAGGUCUUUGCAGGCUGUUAGAGAAACUUUAAGUGACUGAUAUGCCUCUCCACUAGGAAACUCCCAAUAACAAUUUAUUCUAGAUGAGACAGGGCACUAUGGAUGUACAUGACCUGCUUUAUCAAAAUUAUUAGCAAUAAAGAUACAUUAUUUGUGUUUCUUUAACUAUAAGAAAAUAAAGCACCGAUGUCUGUUCAUUAAGCUGGUAUGUUUACCUCAUUGGCUCCUAAAAAAUGAGUACUACUAAAAUCAUACCAUCUUUGAUCUCCUAACAAUCUUCAUAGUGGUAGGUUUUUAAAACUUUAACCCAAUAUGACAUGAGCCACAUAUAUUGGUAGUUUUACUAACAAACGUACACAGUUCAGCUGUUAAGCUUUACCUUAUUACUACUUGUUACCAAGAUAACCAUUCUGUUGAGAGCUGUCAAUUCAGCUGGGCAAAUCAGCAGCCAAUUCAGCUUACCAUUCCACCUGCACAGAUAUGAUCUAGCACAACAUACAGAUUUCAACAUGAUUGUGGUCUUUUCUCUUUGAAGUCCCGAGCAGAUGUGGCAGCUCAGACUGUAGACAAGACUGGUGGCAUUCUGGUCCAUCCAAACCAGGACCCUGCUGUGAUUGCAGGACAGGGCACCAUAGGAUUGGAAGUGCUACAGCAGGUACUUCAAGAACUAAAGUGUUAAGUCAAAUAAGUUCUUUGUAUUCAUUGAAAAUAAAUGAUCCCAUUAUGUUUAAUUUGGUUUUCUUGAAUAACAGGUCCCAGAAGUGCAGGCAGUGGUCGUACCAGUAGGAGGAGGGGGGAUGUUGGCAGGAAUAGCUGUUGCUGUUAAGGUCUGUAUAUUUACACGUGUGUCCAUCUUCAGUACUUUACUGUUUUAAUCUUCGUUUUAUGUUUGUAAAGAAUAUCUAAGCAGGUUUGUUAAACAAAUGUUCUCCCCACAGAAAAUAUAUAUAGUUUCAUAUUAUACCUCUUGUGGUAUAAAUAAACCAUCACAUCGUAGGAAAUAAGUCAAAAUUUCAUGUAUACCUUGUGCUAGCACAUAUAUACAUUUCUUUAAUAUUGGAGGUUGUAAUGUAAAUGCCAUUGGCAGAAUGAUAAACACUACCUGGGAAAAAGAUUUCUACACCGUGUAAGGCAGUGACAGCAAACCCAGACACUCCAGAUGUUUCUGAACAGCAUUUCUCAUUUUUAACAAGAUUAUGUUCACAAGCAUCCAGGACUCACCUUUGGCUACUGUUGCUGCACACCAAACAUGCAAAGUACAGAUCCAUGCGAUUAGAACCAGUUAUAAAACCUCUGGGAAAAAAAAUCCCUAAACUUCCUAAAGCUUUUCUCCAAAAUCUUAUUUUUUAUCCAGUAUAUUCCUUUGCAUAUUCUGCUCACUGGUACUUUUUACAGGCAAUCAAACCAAAAGUGAAGAUAUUUGCAGCAGAACCUCUUAAUGCAGAUGACUGCUAUCGCUCAAAAAUGAACGGAACUCUGACUCCUAACCUCAGCCCUCCAAACACCAUAGCAGACAGUGUGAAAACUAGCAUCGGCCCUAACACAUGGCCAGUUAUCCGAGACUUGGUGGAUGAUGUGUUUGUAGUCACUGAAGAAGAGAUUAAGGUAACAAACAGUCGUAAAUCUUUAAUAACAAAUAGUGUGAAUGUAAUGAAAAAAACCUUUGGAUCACCAGUUUUGUAUUUUUUUUUUUAAUUCUAGCACCAAGUCAUAAUUAUACCUCCAUACCGGUAGGGUUUGAGAUCUUCUUUAUCCACUUUAGUACUUGGGUAUUUUCACCUACAACUUAACUUCAAUCAGUUAGUGAAUAAACCCUAGCAACCUGCAGUAUUCUAGGUAUUUAAUGGUGUAGUAGUUGGAUAUUGACUGUUUUAUUUUUCAAUGUUUUGGUUUUAAAAAUACCAGUUUCCUGAACUCUCUGUCCACCAUACAGGCUGCCACACUCUUGGUAUGGGAAAGAAUGAAGCUGUUGAUUGAACCCACUGCGGGAUUGGGUUUGGCUACGGUUCUCUCUAGUAGAUUCCAAGAAGCUGCAAGUGAUCUGAAAAACAUAUGUGUGGUGCUGUGUGGAGGAAACCUAGACCUGGGGAGUGCAGACUGGGUAUGGAAGCAGGUUUAGCAGUAAAGGGUGAGGCAGGAACUCUAGUAAAUCAAGAUAAAACAAUGUUAGAGUAUCACUAUCGGCAUGCUGAAGCCUCAGGAAAUGGAAAAUAGAAGAUGACCUGUUAUGUGUUUUCUCCGAAAUUCACGAAUAUAAAGAAGUUAUUUUUCUGAUCUACAAGCAAAUCAAAUAAGGCAGUUCCAUUUGUUUCUAUAUUUUAUAAUUCACAUGUCACUCUCAACUUUUCAAAUAAAUACAAAUUUCAGACAUGGAACUCAUUCAAGGCACAGAGAAGUCUUUUUAUAGCAUGUAUUCAAUCAGUAGAUUAGUCCAUUUCCACCUCAGAAGGUUCAAUUGUGUUCUCGUUCUUUACCCAGGUCACUGGUGGAGCAACAUAUGGAUCAUAAUUCCACUUGGGGUACACACGUUUGUACAGGUUCAUUAACACUGUGUCCUGUGAUUUUAGCUGCCCAUCAAAAAGGCAUUUCAUAUGGCCGUGUGUUCCUGAAGGAAGCAAGAACAGCUUUUUAUUGCUUACAUCUCCAAAGGCGACACAGGUAGAUCAUAUCCGAC